GGUUCUAUGGAUAGCUCGGCCGGAUAAAUUGAUUCUAAUUGGAGAGGAGAUAUACGUGAACCAGUGUAAGUUACAAGGGUUGGAGCAAUUGGACGGGAGAUGGUUUUCGUGUUCUGAGAGGGAUUGACCCCUAUGAUUGACAGCCAUGACCCCUAUACGUCAUAACGUAUCAAUGUGACAGACUCACUAGUUAGGACUCCUAAUAACCCAUGGCAGAUCUUCGGAAAUCAUCGGGCAUGAUCUCACUCCAAAGGGUUUCCGCAAUCCAAAACUGUCAUGAAGUAAGAAAUCAUAUUGCUGUUUAUACAUUUGACGCGGUGAAUCUAAUCUGACUUAAUGUGGCGUACUGGUUGUGAGGGGAAAGUGAAAAGUUUAUGUGUUGUUGAUUUUAAAGACAAAGUGUUACCAUCAUCGCCGGGGUUGUGAAAGUGGUUCCCGCUGGGUAGUGGAGAUAUAAAACACGGGGAACCGAAAUAAAAACAUCUUAUGUAUUUAAGUAACGUGUGAGUAUAUAACUUAAAGGAUGGAUUCCGUCAAUUCGACGCUCACUUUAAUACAAGGAAGGAAUCUUAGCAAUGAAAGUGUUAUGCUAUGCAACCCAUUUGACUACCCGUCUCCGUUUGAAAUCUACGCCGUGCUAUGUCCUGCCAUCGCUCUGCUGACACUUUUUACCAACAUCUUGGUAAUUGUGGUAUUCACCAAGAAACACUUACUAUCCCCAACCUCCGUACUCCUAAUCGGGUUGGCGGUGGGGGACAUUUUGGCGGGAAAUAUAAUCUCCCCUCCGUACAUCUACGCCUAUGGGAUAGCCGACCUCGGGCAGCCCCUGCCCUAUCCAAUGUGUCUGUUCUAUGACUACGGGAGUAUCCUAGCCGCCCUCUUCCAUCAGGUGUCCGUUUGGAUCACAAUGGCGCUUGGAAUACAAAGGUACGUGGUGGUGGCCUUUCCCAUAGCGGGCAGGCGAAUCUGUACCAUUAAAAAAUCCGUGCUGUGGGUGAUCGUAAUUAAUAUCGUAACUCUUCUUAUGUACUCCAUAACGUUCUUCACCUCAACCUAUGAAUCUGUGGAGAUUGAUGGAAAGUCGUUGUGUGUGUGCAAAGAGAACCCGCAUUUCUCUGAGGUGGUGCAGAUUUACAGCAUCCUGCGGUCAGUGUUCGGACAGCUGGUACCGUGUGCCGUGCUGUCGGUCACAACGAUUCUCCUUGUACAACGCCUCCACGCCACCAAAAACCAGAUGGCACGGAUCAGGGCCUGUGAUAACAGAGAGAGGGAGAGGAAGGACAACCGGUCCAUGCGGAGGACCUCGUACAUGGUCAUUAUCAUCGUACUGUGCUUCCUGUUGGCGGAGAUUCCGAAUGGCUGUUACUUCCUGUUUAAGGCGAUGAGGAUGUCGGUGCUGUCGUAUGAGGCGGACUUGAUGAUCUCCACCGUGCUGAAUGUCUUGGUGUACGCCGUCAAUCAUAUCAACUUCUGGAUCUAUGUAUUUCUGAGUAGACACUUCAGACGCUCUCUCAAAAAGAUUUUACGCUUGGAUGCAUUAUUUCAGUUUUGCCGCAAAGGAAACUGGAAGUUAGACUCACACACCACGACCUAUUUCAGUAAUUCUCAAGGUGACCCUUUCUAUGUCAAGGGCACAGAACGUUCGACAGCAUCCUAUCAGAUAUAACGCUAUUUCAUUCGUCAAUGAAAUAACAGUCGUAUCAUUAUGGUAUGAAAUACAUUCCUUACUUAUCGAAGAAAGUCACAUCAAGUCUUAGUGUAAUUUACAGAUUUUUGAAAAAGAAUAUAUUCUUUAUAUAUU